CGCGGGGAGCGGGGGAGUUUCGGGGGCCGGGCUGUGCCACCAGGGCUCGCCCCCGUGGCGCCCAGCUCCCGCUGCCGUGGCUGGGGUGGCCCGGGGUCAUUCAUUCCCAGCCUGGGGGCUCCUGGCGCGGCCGGCUCCUACCCGGGACCCAAUUCCUGCCGGGGGCCCAGCGCCCCUCCCACCCGGAUGCGGGCUGGGGAGACAAGGACGCGACAGCUGAGCUGGGUCGCCCCGCCGGCCGGCACGGGCUGACGGCUUCACCAACCUUUCUGCCUCCCAGGGCACCCUCCGCUGCCACUUUCUGGGGCUCUGCACAGUGCGCGGACCUCGGCGGAGUGAGGGCGGGGAGGGGGAGGUUCGGCAUCCGGGGCAGAGUCCAGCGGGAAGCAGUGGGUAAAAGACUAAAUGCUUGGGCGAGGGGCUGGUGUGAGAGCCCGGAGAUCCGGAUUCUAGCUCAGCUACCACAAGCUGUGACCGCAGGCAAAUUACUUCAUCUCCCUGACUUUACUAUCCCUGUCUGUGAAGCGCCAGUGAUAAUAUCUGCCUCCUCAGGAUGCUGGGGGAACUCAGAAAAAUAAUGCAAAAAUGCGCCCGGAACAGCGAGGCCGCUCAGCCAAGUUGGUUGGAGCUGGACGAGCCCAGGAGGCACUGGAGGCAGCCUGGCAGGAGGCGGCUGCGGGCCGGGCCUCCCCCAUGAAAGGCCUCAGUGUCUGGAGCUUCCUUCUCCCUCCAUCCCCCCUGCGCUGAGUUUGCUCAGGGCGGGGUGCACACCUUGCAGUGGAAUGGAUGCCAAGGCCACGUCUUCACCGGCCAGCUCAGUGCAAUGGCAGAAAAGGUGCUGGUAACCGGUGGGGCUGGCUACAUCGGCAGCCACACGGUGCUGGAGCUGCUGGAGGCGGGCUACUCACCCGUGGUCAUCGACAACUUCCAUAAUGCCAUCCGCGGAGCGGGGUCCAUGCCCGAGAGCCUGCGGCGGGUUCAGGAGCUGACAGGCCGCUCUUUGGAGUUUGAGGAGAUGGACAUCUUGGACCAGGCAGCCCUGGAGCGUCUCUUCAAGAAGCACAGCUUUACGGCGGUCAUCCACUUUGCGGGGCUCAAGGCCGUGGGCGAGUCAGUGCAGAAGCCUCUGGACUAUUACAGAGUUAACUUGACAGGAACCAUCCAACUUUUGGAGAUUAUGAGCGCGCACGGGGUGAAGAACCUGGUAUUCAGCAGCUCGGCUACCGUGUAUGGGAACCCCCAGUACCUGCCCCUGGACGAGGCCCACCCCACCGGUGGCUGUACUAACCCCUAUGGCAAGUCCAAGUUCUUCAUCGAGGAAAUGAUCCGGGACCUGUGCCAGGCAGACAAGACCUGGAAUGCAGUGCUGCUGCGAUAUUUCAACCCCACAGGCGCCCACGCCUCGGGCUGCAUUGGUGAAGAUCCCCAGGGCAUCCCCAACAACCUCAUGCCCUAUGUCUCCCAGGUGGCCAUUGGGCGACGGGAGGCACUGAAUGUCUUUGGCAACGACUAUGACACAGAGGAUGGCACAGGCGUCCGGGACUAUAUCCACGUAGUGGACCUGGCCAAGGGCCACAUCGCAGCCCUGAGGAAACUGAAGGAUCAGUGUGGCUGCCGGAUCUACAACCUGGGAACGGGCACAGGCUACUCAGUGCUACAGAUGGUCCAGGCCAUGGAGAAGGCCUCCGGGAGGAAGAUCCCGUACAAGGUGGUGGCACGGCGGGAAGGUGACGUGGCUGCCUGUUACGCCAACCCAAGCCUGGCGCUCCAGGAGCUGGGCUGGACAGCAGCCUUAGGGCUAGACAGGAUGUGUGAAGAUCUAUGGCGCUGGCAGAAGCAGAAUCCUUCCGGCUUUGGCACACAGGCCUGAGACCCUCCUACCGCAGACAGAAAACAGACAACUGCUGCUCUCCAGCAUCUGGCAGGACACAGGGGCCUCGAGCCCGCCCUACCUCAGACCCCAGCCAGGCCCGCCCAGCCCAGCCCACAGGCAUGAGGCCAAGGGCUCUGAAGAUGAGGAGUCAGUGGUCUCUAACUUUUCUCUUCCCCAGGGGCUGGGAACCCAUAAGGAUCACCAAGAGCAAAGGGGGGGGGGGGGGGGGGGGGAGCAGG